GAACAUCUCAUCAACCAUGGUGUGCCCACUGAUCGGGCUGGCAGAUGAGCUGCAGCUUACGAUCGUGGAGGCCAUCCAAGCACCCGACGGCGGUCGCGAGGAUCUCGUCAACCUCAGCAAUACCUGCUCGACCUACCAUUCACUACUUGCCCCGAUCAUCUUCGACCGAGUCACCCUUCUUAACGACGCUAAGAGUGCGACUUCAGCUAUUGCUUUGGCUAGCAGCCCUUACGGUCAAUACGUGAAAGAGCUACGCUUCGAGGGAUCGCUGGAUAGGGAUGACUACAAUCAGGCUAUAAACGUGGACACUGACGGGAUCAGCCUACGCAAAUUGAGAGAGAUGAUGCAGGUGGCAAGGCAGAGUGUGUUCCCUCGAUCAGUCUACAGGGUCAUGUCCAAUCUUGAGCAUUGGUUCCCGAAACUGGAUACACUGACCAUUCGGAUCGAAGAAGAGAGCGCGUGGCACACGCCAUUUCCACGUAUGAGCCUGAUCAGUUUUUUGCAUCACCCAGAUCCUUAUAGGGCGACCCUUAGGCGACGAAAGGUUGAACAUUGGAAGAUGCUUCUGGCACAGACAUACGAGGCACUAUGCGAGAACGAGAACCACAACAUCCGGACCCUUCAACUAUUCGAUCUCGUUUCCAAGUCACCUCCUACAUUCUCCGAAGCUAAGUUCCAUCGGUUUCUCGAGAAACUCGAGACUUUCAGAAUCUCCCUCGUUCCGGCAAGUGCAGAAAUCCGCGGCUCCGGGCUCAGUGCGAACUUCACUCGCAACCUCUCUGGAUUCUUCCUGGACCAUCUGCCUUCGGUUCAACAUUUCAAGCUCGAAGCCUCCGAAUACAGCGCUUGGAGUGAUGAAGAUCCUCCGUCUGACUGGACGAGGGACGCGGCACUGCCAUUGACCGUUACCCAAAUGUCGAAAAUCAAGUCAAUCAACCUCGCCCACGUUCUUGUCUGCAAGGAAAUGAUAGCGUUCUUCGUUAGCCAUCAGAGCACUCUUGAGCAGAUUACCCUUAACUGUUGCUAUGCCAGACACGGCAACGCAGCAGAUGGACAAUGGAGAGAUACCUGGGGAAAUAUGUUCGAGGCUCUCACGGUCUCCGGCGCUACGUUUCUACGAAAGGUCAACAUAGAGCCCAUACACUGCUCGGAUUGCAUGGACACAACGGAAUCACAUCAAAAGGGUGACGAAUUGCCGUAUCCACGAGCCUUUGCAUAUGGCCUAAUGAACAAUACGUACGGCUAUCUAGCAAGCCUUUUGGUCGCGCGGGAGAACGAUCAGGUAUGGUACAGUGCGUUGGAGGAGCUCAUCAGAGGCAACAGGGCUAGAGACAAGCGUUAAAUGAACGCCUGAUGAUGGCCUACCAAGAUGGAUACGACGGUCUGUAUACACCUGUCUGCCGCUCCCGGGCAGCGAUGAAGUACUCACGAACGACAUUGGCGCAUUGCUUAUCACCGACUUAAUACCUCGCCCGACCUGCCCCAAACAGUGACGGAGCGGCGUACCAAGACUCAUGGCAAGGCACAGUGCUGGUUUUCUCUUUCUCUCCAGUCAGACUCUCCUCAAGAGGCGACAGGCGUCGAUGGACCCUUCAAGGGGCUUAUCAAAAAUAAGCAUUAGGGUAUCCCUAAUAUUCCAAUCAACCUCCAGCAAACUGGUAGACUUACUGAUGCAAAUCAAAUCAACUUUCCUAGGC